GCGAAAUAUCGGUGCAUUGGACAUUACAUUAUCAAAAGUUUGCUGCAUUUGUUGUGUGAAUCAGCCAGUGUGGUGGAAAGUUUGCUCGGUGGUCGGUGUGGUGUGUGAUUCAUAAAUCCAGCGAACAACAGCAGAUAAGAUAUGUCUUUUAGAAUGGAUCAAUUCAUGGCCGAGUCAGCUCAGAUGGGAAUCGUGGAACCGAAGGAGCGGAUACGGCAGCUGGCUGCUCUCAGUGCCGGCGUGGAAGUGGACGGAAACAUUCCGAUCAAGCGCUACUACCGGUCUGGGCUGGAAAUGGUCCGGAUGGCUCAUGUUUAUCUCAAAGAGGAUAAUAUUGAUUGGGCUUACGUUUUGUAUAUGAAGUUUAUGACUUUGUUCCUGGAGAAGAUUCUGAGUCAUCCAGAGUACAAAACAGUUCCUGCUGAUUUGAAGCAACAAAAUCAACAAAAGAUAAAGGAAGUACUUCCGGUGGCGGAGAGGCUUAAGGUAAAAUUGCUGGAAAAAUAUACCAAGGAAUACAAACAGUUUUUAGAAGACAAACGUCAAGAAAAAGAACGUGAUGAAAAAAGACGACGAGAAGAGUUAGAGAAAGCGAAGGCACUUUCGACUGUGUCGCCUUCGAAUCUCCCCCAACCCAGCGCACCCCCUUCAAUGCUAGUCGAUGCGGAAAUGUUGGAUCGUGUGCUGUAUCCAAAUGAUUUCCCAACUGAUCCCAACCGAUCCACCGGGGGCACUGGGUUAUUACUUCCAGACACUAAGCCUUCUUCGAAACCGGCUUUCGAUCGUACAUUGAAACCGUCACCCACUUCGGUAGUCGCUGGCAGUCUACGACCUGUGAUAGUUCCGACGGAUACGAUGUCCAGAUUCCUGCAGCUAGCUGCAAAGAACACUUUGAAUAAUGUGGAAACAUGCGGAAUACUGGCCGGUCAACUGGCGCACAACCAGCUGGUAAUUUCGCACGUGAUUGUUCCCAAGCAAAAGGGCACCUCGGACAGCUGCACGACGAUGAACGAGGAGGAAAUUUUCAACUACCAGGAUCAGAUGAACCUGAUCACACUCGGCUGGAUUCACACCCAUCCCAGCCAGACUGCGUUCCUUUCGUCCGUAGAUCUACACACGCACUGCUCGUACCAGAUGAUGCUGGAGGAGGCUAUCGCGAUUGUUUGCUCGCCAAAGUACCAGGAAACUGGUUUUUUCUGUCUGACGCCUAGCUACGGGCUGGAUUACAUUUCCCAGUGUCGACAGUCUGGGUUUCAUCCGCAUCCAAAGGAACCUCCUCUGUUCAUGGAAGCCCUUCAUCUAACGCUGGAAGAUAAGCUGUCGAUUGAGGUAGUCGAUCUGCGAUAAACGCUCACCAGCGGAAGCAAACGUAUGCCUAAUAAAAUUGUUAAACUGUGUGCUAGUAGCUUAUACAAACAUUCUAUACUAUUCGUUGGAUUUAGGAGAGCAUAUUAGGCUAAUCAAAUUGCAAAGUUAGGCCGCUGCCACUAUUUACAAAUUUCGUGUAUAUUUUUGAAAUGACAAAAUUGGAGCGUCGAAUACCUACUAACGAAACACAUAGUCAAAUGCGUACUAGUUCUAGUGUGUACCAUAUUUUCGCUUAUUUUUAAGUGCUUUAUUGAGAAAUGAUCGUUGAGAAUAGUGCUAGUGGUGCUAUUGUGUAAUAGGUGAGAAUCGAAUAAGCGAUGUAUUUAUUGUAUGCAUUAUUGUAUUAAACCUGUAAUAGUUCCGUAUUUAGUUAUCAAACGUAAAAUAUCCUACUACACACUCUAAAUAGUGACAGCAAAAUUUUGAUUUGUAUCAUUUCGCAAUAUUAGUUUAGGUGGUAGCACUGGUACAUACCACUGUUCAAUUACUGU